AUAAGUACAACGUGGACCUCACUAGUCAUGCUUUCGACAAAAACCAAAAUUUCUCCUUUUUUCUUUUUUAGUGAAUUUAAUAAUAUCAGAUUUGUUAAGCUUCGAUGUUAGGCUAGCCAGAGGAAAAGUUUAUGUAAAGGUCUAAAAAGAUAAGAAUUGGGUUUGGUUUUAUAUUCUUGGCUUUGAUAUUUCCACAGAUUUUGAUCGGUUCCUGACUCUGUCACUCGCAAAGAGAAAGGUAGGCUCUAAAAUGUUGGGACUUUGAUAUUUUCCACGUUAUUUCAUAAAAAAAAGCUGAAGUUUCUGUAGAAAAUACUCACAAUUUAGCUAACACACGACAACUAUUGAGAAGAUCAAUCUUAAGUUGUCAUUUUAUACACCAACAAAGUCAUAUUUCCCUAUCUAUAUAUCUAUAUAUAUUGUUUGAUCAAAAAUAUAUAAUAUUAUAUGUGCAAUUCUCUCAAAUAACCAUUUUUAAGUUUUUGUCACAAAAAUAGCUCUGAAUAAAGAAAAUAACCAAAAUAACUCAAUUUUAUUUUGAAAUUUUUAAUAUUUUUUUAAAGAAAAAUUCCCUAGGAUAGGCCUAAAAAGGUUUUUUCACAAAUAUAGAUCUUAAAAAUAAAAAUGACCAAAAUAGAUUUAAAUAUUUUGUCAAAAUAAAUAAAUAUACACUUAUACUCUUAGGGAUAAUUAAUCUAGACAUUAGAGUUUAGAGUUAAAGGAGUGGGGUUUAGGGUUUAUGGUUUAAGGUUUAAGUUUAGGGUUUAGAGUUGAAGAGUGGGGUUUAGGGGAUAGGAUUUCAAAUUAAAAAAAAUUAAAAUUUUCAAAAUAAAAAAAUGCUAUUUUGGUCAUUUUAGUUUUUGAGGUCUAUUUUUUGACAAAAAAUUUAAAAAGUCUAUUUGAGAGAAUUGUCAUUUUUAAAAUUUGAAACUCUAUCUCCAAAACCCAACCCAUUAACUCUAAACCAUAAGUCUAUUUGUUUAUAAAACUUAUUUUUUUCAUUGGUAGCUAUAUUUGUGACAAAAACUUAAAAAAGAAUAUCCUAUAAUUUUUUAUAUAUAUAUUGUUUGGAUGUUACUGUGUCUUGGAAGGGAUUCAAACAUAAAAGAAAUAAAAGUAAAUGGGAGCAAUAGUAAUAGGGGAAAUGGAAGAAGAUAUAAUGCAAAAUUUAUAGAGAACACACACAUUGAUCAAAAAAAAAAAUAGAGAACACACACUAAUUCAAUGACAAUCUGGAUCGGAUGAUGUAUUUACUUUUCGUACUUGUUGUUUCGAUAAAAGUCACGUACAGGUGGGUUCUGCUCAUUUACUACGUGUCAUAUAUCAAUUGGCUUGCUGGAUAUAGUUACAGAACAAUUUUUUUUUUUUUUCAACAUGUUACAGAACAAUUUAAAAAAGAAAAAAUCCAACGAGGCGAAGGCGAAGGCGAGACGGAGUGGUACACAACCUUUGUUCCUUCCUUCAUUCCCCCUAUAGAAGAGACAAGAAAAGAGAAGAUAAGAGAUUCUUCUUCUUGGUCGUCUCUUCUGUUAAGAAAAAGAAGUCUCACUGCUUCCCUUGUUUGAUCUCUGAAAAAGGAAUCUGUCUUUGCAAUGGAUCAGAUGUUCAACAAGGUUGGAUCCUACUGGUUAGGUCAGAAGGCGAACAAGCAAUUUGACUCUGUUGGUGACGAUAUCAACUCGAUAUCAACGAGCAUCGAAGGAGGAGCAAAAUGGUUGGUCAACAAAUUCAAAGGAACAAUGCAGAAGCCGUUGCCUGAGUUGCUGAAAGAAUAUGAUUUGCCUGUGGGUAUCUUCCCACGAGAUGCUACAAACUACGAGUUCGAUGAACAGACCAAGAAACUGACGGUGCUGAUUCCAUCACUCUGCGAAGUUGGGUACAAGGAUUCAUCCGUCCUCAAAUUCACCACAACAGUAAUGGGAUAUCUGGAGAAAGGGAAGCUAAGUGAGGUGGAAGGGAUGAAGACAAAAGUGAUGAUGUGGGUGAAAGUCACAAGCAUCUCUGCGGACUCAUCAAAGGUGUAUUUCACUGCGGGGAUGAAGAAGAGCAGAAACCGAGAUGCUUAUGAGGUUCUUAGAGAUGGCGUUCGAGUUGAUAAAUUCUAACUCCAUCCUGCUGAUAUAUUCUCAUCUGUUAUCAAUUCAAUUAUGAGGUUUCUAGCUUUUUAUGGGUUUGCAUGAUGGUGUUAUGAUUUGAAAGAAUUAACUUGUGUUGUAUGAAUCAAAUUGAAAAAGAGCAUUCUUGGUUUUGUAUAAAACAAAUUUCAUGACUGUACAUUGUGAAAACCACAAAAAGAUAUACUAGUAGUAAUAAAUUAUGUGCUCAA